UGGGCGUUCCUGACAGGGGGACCCUUGUGAGCACAGGUAGGAAGAUAAGCAAACUCCUGCGGGACCAGAGGAGACUUUUCUUGCUGCUGUCCGAGGACUGAGAUCUCCCCGGGGAUCCCUCCAAUGGGAAGUGAUAAGGGAUCUGACCUGUGACUGCAGAGGGAGGUGGUGACACCGGUGGCAGCUGAGCCCGGACAUCGUUCCCAUUACUCAAUGACUAUGGGAGAAGAAGACACCGAUUCCUGCACAGGGACACUUCCAGCGAUCACCGAUCCGGACACCAGAAAACUUCCUCCGCAACACAUGGAGCUCCGCACAACUUUCCUCAUCAGCGUCCGAGAGGGAGAGAGCGACAGAAUUGCAUGCUACACCGGCCCCCAGCUCGUCCUCUGAUGUCCCCUUCCUGGGACUUGUGUAUAUUCUACAAAUACGUGUUCAUAAAGGGGAUCCGCGACUGACAGCCACCGAGGAGAAAAACCAAUCUGGAAAAUAUCCAUUUCAUGGAAACCGCACAUCAGAAGAUCCCUUUGAUAUUGUUUUAUGAACAAUAACAAAUGAAUAUGUUUGAAUUAUUUGAAAAGUAAAGGAGAGAAGAUUGGCAUCUGUAAGCUGAAACCAUGGCAAUCCGGAACCCUGUGAUGUUUGUACUAGGCCCUCUACUUCUCCUGCAGCUCCCUGCACCUGUGUCUAUGGCCUCCAAAGCAAUCGUCUGUCAGGACAUCACAGUUCCCAUGUGCAAAGGCAUUGGAUAUAAUUUUACCUAUAUGCCCAAUCAAUUUAACCACGAUACUCAAGAUGAAGCUGGCUUGGAAGUUCAUCAGUUUUGGCCUUUGGUGGAAAUUCAGUGUUCGCCUGACUUGAAAUUUUUCUUAUGUAGCAUGUAUACCCCCAUUUGCCUGGCUGACUAUAAGAAACCCUUGCCACCCUGCAGGUCAGUCUGUGAAAGGGCAAAGGCAGGUUGUUCUCCGCUUAUGAGGCAAUAUGGUUUUGCUUGGCCGGAGAGAAUGAACUGUGAUAAACUUCCUCAGAAUGGAGACCCAGAAAAUCUUUGUAUGGAUUAUAAUAGGACAGAAACCACAACACACCCACCGUUCUUUGCAAAGCCUACAUACCCACCAAGGGGAUCAAAACACUUGACUCCAAAUAGGCAACCCAACAGUGAAUGUAAUGGAGAAUGUAAAUGCAGGGAGCCUUUCUACUCCAUAACAAAAGAAUCCCAUCCGCUGUAUAACAGGGUCAAAACUGGGCAGGUGCCGAACUGUGCCGUGCCAUGUUUCCAGCCCUAUUUCACUCAGGAUGAGAAGACAUUUACUGCCUUCUGGAUAGGCUUGUGGUCCAUCCUGUGUUUCAUCUCAACCUUUAUCACUGUGGCCACGUUCCUGAUUGACAUGGAAAGAUUUCGAUAUCCAGAACGCCCUAUCAUCUUUUUAUCUGCAUGCUAUCUCUUUGUAUCCGUUGGCUACAUUGUCAGACUUCUAGUGGGUCAUGAAAAUGUUGCCUGCAACAGAGACCACAUUCACUAUGAGACCACAGGACCAGCUCUCUGCACAAUAGUAUUUCUACUUGUUUACUUCUUUGGAAUGGCCAGUUCUAUUUGGUGGGUCAUCUUGUCCUUCACCUGGUUCUUGGCUGCUGGCAUGAAGUGGGGCAAUGAGGCUAUUGCCAGCUACUCUCAGUAUUUCCAUAUGGCAGCGUGGUUGAUACCAAGCGUCAAAUCAAUAGCUGUCCUUGCUUUAAGUUCUGUGGAUGGCGACCCAGUAGCCGGAAUCUGCUAUGUAGGUAACCAAAACCUAGACAAUCUUCGUGGGUUUGUGUUGGCUCCACUAGUAGUUUACCUUUUCACAGGAACAAUGUUUCUCCUUGCAGGAUUUGUGUCACUCUUCAGAAUUAGGAGUGUCAUAAAACAGGGUGGCACCAAAACUGAUAAACUGGAAAAGUUGAUGAUCAGAAUAGGUUUAUUUACUGUACUGUACACUGUACCCGCAACCAUUGUUGUUGCCUGCUAUAUCUAUGAACAGCACUACAGAGAAUUUUGGGAAAAAUCCCACAACUGCUCUUGUCCUGGGGACAAAAAUAAAGCCAGGCCUGAGUAUGCGGUUUUCAUGUUAAAGUACUUUAUGUGCCUAUUGGUGGGAAUAACCUCAGGGGUAUGGAUCUGGUCUGGAAAAACAUUGGAGUCUUGGAGGAGGGUCACAGGCCGAUGUUGCAGAAGCAGCAAAUCAAUCAAUGCCUUGGCAUUCAGUGAAGCCAGCACAGCGCUAACGGCAAGGACUGGCUUGCCAAGUUCCGCUUUAUAUCACAAGCAAGUGCCAUUGUCUCAUGUGUGAUUGGGUGUUUCUUGCACUGUAUAAUUUACUGACUCAAAAAAGGCUAAUGGGUCCUACAAGCGCCUCUUCCAUUAUUUUAUUUUUUUUAUGUCUGUCCUGCUACUGUUUAUGUUGUGCUUUGACAAUUUUGUACAUUUCUUGUACAGAAUCAUAACAUUGGCGGUAGACAAUCUACCACCAUAAUUCAGAAGUUUCUUGCUCUGGAGCCCUUCUGGGUGCCACCCAGAACUUUAGCACUAGUCCCUAGUGAUGGUGCUUAAUAGAAAUGUGUAAGCAGUAUCGGGAGACCGCAAAAUACUAUAAUGUACCAAAUUGGAAAAUACAGUUUGAACACAAAUUUAAUAUGUAAAAAAAAAAAAAAAGUUAUCCGUAAAGAAGGUCAGGGACCUAUAAGCAGUCGGCAUACAUUGGUACUUGGCAGGUUCCAGGUUGGACGAACCUGCAAAAAAAAUAUAUAUAUAUAAUUUUUUUUUUUUUUAGCAGGUUGACUAUUUAAAGGUGCAUUUUGUACAUUGAAAUAUCCUCUAGCCCACAAAUUAAUCUAGAUCUUUUUUUAAAAGUGAAUCAAUUGUCAAUGUUUUCCCUUUAACAUUUGGUUGUGGACCGUAAUGCAAACACCUUGUAAUUAUUGUAAGGGAGAUUUAUACUUUUUUUUAGUCAAUGUAUCAAAUGUGUUUAUUCCCCCUUCUUUUUUUUUUUGUUAACCCCUGGCAUGCUAAAUGAUACUUUCCUACAUCAUAUGGAAGUUACUGUCGCCAUUUAUGUAAGUUGCGUUGUAUUAGAGUUCUAAAGUUUUGUGAGCUCAAGUAGCAACAGCGACACCUAAAGGUGCAAGUGGGCACUACCCUACAAAAAGCAUAAUUGUGCAUGACUCUGAAAGCUCAAGGUCCUGCACAGGUCAUAUGUCGGCUAGGGCUUUUUUUUUUUUAAAUUAACGGGCAGCUUAUCUGCAAAUGUUUGCAUUAUGUUUUCCUACCUUCUAUUUUCUUUUAAUAGACUCGGAUAUGUUGGCUGAUAUCCCCCCAUGAUGCUAUUUUUUAUCAUAGCAUUGUCAUUACUUGCACCCCUUUACUUGGAACAAAGCAGAGGUGGUAGUUUCAAAAUGUGCGAAUGAAUUCUCAUAUCAAGGCUAGAUAAAAUCUAAAUUCAUAGCUUUGUUUACCACCAAAAGGAACUUGCAGGAGGGUUGAUUUGGGUUUGUGUGUCUAAGUAUACAAAGGGAUUUCAGGUUGAUUCAUGACAAUAUUUUCAAGUCUGUAGCAUUUUGCAUGCUGAAAAACUGGUCACUGUGUCCUGUUCUAGUAUUUGUUUUGUGAUUCUUUGUGUAAGAAGUGUCAGUCCCACCUUCUUUAUGUAUACAGUGAUAAAAGGCUCUUGUGAA